AUGUCGGGCAACUUCGGCUCGGGGACGGAGGGCUACUCCCAGGUCGCCAUCUACAUCAUCAUUGUGUUUCUGACGCUCGCCAUGUACAAUGUCAUCGAGCUCACCUUUAUCAUCUGGGGCACCUUCAAGCGCCAUGCUGGUCUCUACUUUUGGUCAUUUCUGGGUGCCUCCUGGGGGAUUCCGUUUUAUUGUGCCGGCUUUCUCAUCAAGUACUUUGCCCCGGCGUCUCUAGGCUACUUGGCCGCGACGUUGAUUGCGGGCGGCUGGAUUGCAAUGGUUACGGGCCAGUCGUUGGUGCUGUGGUCUCGCCUUCAUUUGGUACUGCGCAACCGACUACGACUAAAGAUGAUUCUCUGGAUGAUCAUCAUCGAUGGCUUCGUGUGCCACGGCGCCAUCAUCCCUAUGAUUUAUGGCUCCUUUUCCAACAACCCCAACCUCUGGUAUCAGCCAUACUCCAUCAUGGAAAAGAUCCAGGUCACGAUUUUCUUUAUUCAGGAGAUUAUCAUUUCGAGCUUUUACAUUAUCGAAACCGUUAAACUAAUGAAACUCGAGCGGACCAUGGGCAACGGCAAGGCGAGCCGUCGCCUGAUGAACCACCUCAUCUUUGUCAACUUCGUCAUCAUUCUCCUCGACGUCACCAUCCUCGGACUCGAGUACGCCGAUCAGUACCAGUACCAGACCUCAUACAAGGCCCUCGUCUACAGCGUCAAGUUGAAGCUCGAGUUCACCAUCCUAAACCGCCUAGUGGAGAUGACGACAGGAAACAAGGACAACAGCUCCGGUCCACGAAGCCGAAAUCAAUAUACGAACAACAGGACCGGAAUCGCGUUGGAUACCUACAUCAACGACGCCGCAGCGAAGCCCGUCGGCGACGUCUCGUACCAGGCAUAUGCCAUGGGAGGCGAGGAAGGUUCGUCGGCGGACCAAGCACACAGGGCGCCGACUCGGGACGACGGGGUGAUGAUGACGACGGAAAUUGUCGUUCAUCGAGAAGAUAGACAGGCAGAUGAAGGAGAAAGCAUGGGCAGGAAGUCAUCAGCCAGCUCGACGAUUGGACGAGCAAAGCCGUUUGACCGGGGGGACUUGUCAAAGUCGUCGUCGGAGCUCCAUCUAGCGUCGCGGGGGUUCUGA